CCAUUUAGUCUCUACACUGUGUAUACAAUACAUUAUAAACACUAUACUAAACAGUAUAUCAUAUAAAACACUACAAUAUUUUUUAAUAACAUUUUUUAUAUACCAUUAGAUCAUUCAAUCAAUAAGUGUCGACAAAACUUAACCGUCGGUAACCGUCUCAUCAUUUCAGAGGUCAAGACUAUCGGAUCGGAGGUCACAUACGGCUAGUAUUCAGAGGACACACACACACACACACAACGAGAUUGUCAUCCAAAUCACACAAAUAACUAGAAGUAGUAGUAGUUGUUGUUGUAGUAGUAGUAGUAGUACUUCCAUCAGUGACAUCAAUCAAUCAAUCAAUAAGACAUAACAAUAGUAUGAUUGAGACAAACAAAACAACGGCUGCUGACCAACAACAACAACAAUCCCGAUAUAAUCAGCGUACGGCAGCCGAUGGCCAGUGUAAUGGCUAUAAUGACGCACGACAAACGACGGCAUCGACAACAACACCAAUGAUGAUCAGUGGCGGCUAUGGUCGUCCUCUAUCGGCGACGGCUGCAUUGUUAAGACGGUCGACCAGUGCCGAGUCGGUACUGAUGACAGAUGCAUAUCACAGCAGCGGCGGCGGCAGCGGAACAACGUCGCCGAUCGGCCUGUCACUAAUGGUGGCGACCGCCAAUCACGGACUACUACCGAGAAGCGAUCGAUACACUCAAACUCCCGAUGAAUGGCAAGAAUCUGAGAAAUUAUUAGCCGACGACCCGACAAACAAAUGGCAUAAAUCUGAGUCAGUACAAAAAUGUCGACUACAUGAGCAGCAACAACAACAACAACACCAUCACCACCAACGGGCCGUUGUUGUUGUGGCCGAUCAGAGUACACAAUCGAUUACGAAAUUUGCCGAUAAUUCAUUGAAAAAACGUCAAUUGUUGAUAGCUUCGGGUGUCAGUCCGACCAAAUGUUUGACAGCCGCCAACACUACUACUACUAUAUCCGGUCCCAUAGCUAUACCGACUAAGCUAUGCAUAGACAGUAGCCGUUCAGCUAACAGUGUCGAAGAGCUUAAUCUCGAAAUCGAGAACCUAGUGCUUAAAGGUAUGGUCGAUGGUGGCGGCGGCGGAGGCGGUGGCUCAUUGGACAGCCAAUUGGGUCAAUUGAUGUGCGAUAAAAUACCCGAAGGACAUCGGGCACCGGUAUUUGAAUUGUUGGCAAUUAAGACUAGAAAAGCUAAUUGCGUUCCAAGUAGUGGCGAUGAUAGCAGCGAUAUCAGUCAAUCGGAGUCACCUAUUUUUAACACUGAACUGAUAUCAUCGACUAACGAUACAAACGAUUUGCAAAACCAUCAAAAUAAUUAUUAUAAUAAUAAUCAUAAUAAUAAUAAUAAUAGCAGUAAUUACUCGAUGAGUCCGAAAAUAAAUAAGUUUUUGACCCGCGAGCCGCCCGACGGCUGCGAAAAGAUUAAAAUUGUCAACGAAUCGGAUGAUAGAUACUACAAUCCAAUGAUGAUGAUGAUGAUGAACAACAGUGAUCACCCGUCGUCGGCCGCCACAGCCAACAACUGUCGUCCUCAACAGCCGUCAUCAUCGGCCGGUUUUGUAUUGCUUCCGAGCAGGAGUUCGGCAUUUUUGCCGAUUUUAAAGCCCAAUAACAACGAUCUAACGAUUGCCGAUUACCAUAAGAAUCGGAUUAAUUACCGAAAAAGUUAAAAAAAACAAAACAAUAACACACAGACAACAAAUAAAAUAUCAAUAUAUAUGAUAAAUAUAUAUAU